AUGUCCUUUUUCAAUACAAUAAAAGGGCUAGGUAGAAGCUCUAAAAAGAGCAAAAAAGAUGAACAAACAUCACUAUAUUCACAUUCAAAUGCAUCCGGUAAUACUCUAAGGAGAACACAAUCACCUAUUAAAACGCCAUCUUCACCAUCCAAACAUUCAGCAUCCCCUGUACGAGGAGGAGGAGUGAGUGGCACAGGACAAGGAGGAAUAUCGACAUCAGGAAGAAAUCAAGCUGGUUACGGUACUGCAUCUGCUUCUUCAGCAUCAUCAUAUCAAGGCUCGCCUUCCAAACGUUCUAGAGCAGCAAACAAUACUAGUCUACAACCACGACUGUCACAUAGAGGAUCAGUUGCUUCACGAACGCUGCAGCUGACGAUUUCUGAACCACCUUUAUUCAUGUGUGAACCGUAUGUAAAGACUGCUUUGGUUAAAGGUUCGUACAAGACGAUCGUCCAACUACCUGCAUUUGUUGACUUGAAUGAAUGGUUGGCUUUGAACAUUUUUGAAUUCUUUGGCAAUUUGGAUUCAUUUUAUGGGUUGGUUUCUGAUUUUGUUACUCCUGAAGAAUUCCCCACCAUGAAUGCCGGUCAGACAAAUUAUUUAUGGGUAGAUGGAUCGGGACAAGCGGUGAAUUUACCUGCUUGUCGGUAUAUUGAAUAUGUCAUAACAUGGAUCUCAAACAAGAUUAAUGAUCAAGAGACGUUUCCAACGAAGACUGGAGCUGUGUUUCCCCAAUUUUUCAUCAAGGAUGUCAAGAACAUCUCACGACAAAUGUUUCGUAUAUUUGCAUUUAUAUAUUACAAUCAAUUUGACAAGAUUGUGCAUUUAAGUUUGGAGGCUCAUUUUAAUUCAUUUUUUGCACAUUUUGUCUCCUUUAUUAAAGAAUUUAAUUUGUUGGAUAAAAAGGAAUUGGAACCUUUGCAACCGUUAAUUGAUGAAUUUGAAAUUCUAGGGAAGAUCAAUUGA